AUGCCACGCACUAAGCGAGCUACGAAAGGCAGGCCACGUCAGCGGUUUGACCCAUCUCAAACAACAGCAAUGGAGAAUCGGGGUCGUGCAAGGAGGCGGAUGGAUCGAACUCAAGUAACCCCAUCCCCGAACAUUCAACCCCAUCCAGAAGCUACGCCAGGUCUAUGUCAUCAUCCCAUGCAGGUUCAGCAGACCCAACAUGACACCCAACCACUGCCGGCUGCCACGACACAACAGCAAGUCAGCCAGCAGACAUUAAUGCAGCAUUUCAACCAACAAGUCCAACCUGCUCUAAUACCUGCACAGCCACUGCAGAAUGUUCUCCAGCAAACCCAACCACAGCAGACUUUCAUGACACAACAGCAAGGUACGCCAGGACCAUCUCAUCAGCCCAUGCAGCCUCAGCAGACUCAACAACAGACCCAACUGCUGCAGACUCCCACGACACAGCAAGUCAGCCAGGUGCAAGAACAGCCCCAGGCCCAAACAAGCCAGAAUCAGGAAGCUGUGCCAGUGCACUGUGUCCAUAAUUUGGUGGAGGAUAGGGAGUCCUGUCUUAAAUUAAUGCAAACAUUUCAAGGAGUUUGUAAUGAACUGGGGGUCCCCUUGGCUGAUGACAAAACGGUUUAUCCCACUCACUGUCUUGUAUUUUUAGGUUUAGAAAUUGACACAGUGCAAAUGUUAAUCAGAAUACCCCAUGAAAAAUGA